ACCUGGUUGAAACAGUGGAGAAGCAAAUUGGAAGCCAACCCACAAGACCCUAUUUUGAUCAGUCAGUUGGUGCAGGAGAUUCUGCGGUGUUCCGAUCACCCUUUCACUGAAUUACUUCACAAGUACCAGAUGCAGAUAUAUCAGAGGCUGUAUCCCCUCAUAGCCAACAAGCACCAGGAAAUAGACAUCGUCCAGGUACCUUUACCCCUCAGUGCCUGGCCGUCCUUGGAUGACGUAUCAGACACGUUAUGUGAUGAUAUCCAGAGUCCAGUCUCCACAAGCACAGACAAACCAGAACCAACAAGUCUGUGUUCUUUGAAAGAUGGCUAUGGGAAGGUCAGCCAACAGAGUAGCGAAAACAGCACUGGAGUAAACUCAAGCAAGACAGAACAUCAUGUUGAUGAGAAUAAGAAUCGUUUGAAGUUCAGUAAUAAAAAGGUUGAAGUUAUCGAUAUUGACUCAGAUUUACACCCAUUAUUUGAUCAGUCUGAGUCAGAAUGCUCCACAAAGAAUCGGAUAGAGGACAACCAAGUUAUCUGUGACUUGUCAAAUGAAAGUAAAGCUGUGUCAGAUGUUGGCCACGAGUCUCCAGGCUUGUUGCAGGAAACUGAGAAUCCUUUAACCUCCAAUAGUCCAGCCAUUUUGCCAGAUUCUGAUGUACAAGAAGAUCUCAAAAAUUUGAUAUUUGGUAACAGUUUGGUCGGUGGAAAUAUUCAUCAAAUGAAUAACAACGACGGGGACCAGAGCAGUGAUGAUGUUGGGGACAGAACAUUGUGUGAAGAUCAGGUUUCUAAAGUGGAGAGCAUCAGAAAUUUGUGUGAUGGAGUGUCACAGAAAGCAGAUAACACCAGCAGUAGAACGGACAAGCUUGCAGUAGACAGGGGUAAUGCAGCAGAGAGUACAAGAAAUGUUUGUGAUGGAGUGUCACAGAAAGCAGAUAACACCAGCAGUAGAACGGACAAGCUUGCAGUAGACAGGGGUAGCGAAGCAGAGAGUACAAGAAAUGUUUGUGAUGGAGUGUCACAGAAAGAAGAUAACACCAGCAGUCGAACGGACAAGCUUGCAGUAGACCAUGGCAAGGAACUAGAGUCUCAGAUGUCCUGGGAGAGACGACAAGCACAGCUUUUAAUGCGACAGGUGACGAAAGACUACAGCAGCUACCAGUCGGGCGACUCUGAUUAUGAUGAAAAUAAACUAGACUAUCUCUUUGAUGGUAGUGAAGAGGAAGAUGAUGACGGAUACGGAUGGUUUGAUGAUAACGCCAGUGAUCAGUCAGGAUAUCAGAGUGGCCUUCAGCAAAGAACAGUUCUGAACCAAGAUCAAAGCUCCAGUCUCGACUCUGGCAUUAGUGACACGUCUGUCAGCCAGCCUGACAGGGAGAGCCAGGGUAGGGGCUUCUCCUCGAACGUUGACCUAGAGAACAAACAUCGGAAAGACAAGCAGUUCCAGAAGCUGAGUCAAGAGGCUUACCUGCGCCAUUUGAAGUCUAUAUCAGAGGAUAUUCAUUGUUAUCUGGAAAAGCUGCUGGUGAUAAUGACCAUUUCCUAUGAACCACUGGACACUCCUGUGGGCAAGGAUCAGUGUGCUGUGUCACUGGAGGAGCCUUUCUUUAAACCUAUCUGGAAAACUCUGUUGAGACUUUUUAGAGUGGUCAACCACAAGCAGGAACUGAUGCUGGCUUGUGUCAUGACCAGACUGGCAGAUUCAACCCCUGCAGAUUUCAAAGUGUCACAGAAACUCUGGCUGACAGAUCCAGCGUGCAAACCUUACCAGCGGGCCAUCACUGAGCUGACCAAUGUCCAGCAACAUUACACCAUGCUCAGCAAGCUAGAAUGUGUCGUGAAAGUGUGUCGACAGAUUUGUGAAUGUGUGGAUGACUACUACAGCCAGAAACAUGGCACUGGUGAAUCAGCCAACAAGAAAGCCCCAUCUGUGGGAGCCGAUGACCUACUGCCUGUACUCAGCUAUGUGGUUGUUCAAAGUGCCAUGCCUCAGCUGUCGGCUGAAUGCCAUGCUAUGUCGGAAUUUAUCCAUGAAGGGUAUAUGAUGGGGGAAGAAGGAUAUUGUUUGACCAGUCUGCGCACAGCCUUAAAUUACGUCAUCUCGUUGUUCCCAUCUGUGGCCAGACCUGAAAACCAAAGUUGA